ACCGGUGCGUCCGUGGGCGAACGUGGUUGGCGUGGUUUCCGAAGCAAGCACACACCCGUCCUCGUGACAGCUUGGCGUGCCAGUCGGCUGCAACAUGAGCAUCUUCGGUGCGAUCGUAACGGGACGCCUGGUGCAGACGGACUUCCAGACCGUCGACCAGACCAAGUUUCUCAUCAACAUCCCCGAUCCUGACAGCAUCAACCACAUAGUGGUCUUCCUCACGGGCACACAACCCUUCCCAGAGGGCUUUGGCGGCUCAGUGUACUUCUGCUAUCCCAGCCCUGAAGCGGUAGGCAACUGGCAGCUUCUUGGCUUCAUCUCUAAUGCCAAGCCCAGUGCAAUCUUCCGGAUCUCCAAGCACAGAAAAGAGUGUUCGGAGAUGCAUGCAUUCUCGGCGCACGGCUUCAGCAGCGUGGCCCAGCUGGGCAUCUCGGUCGAGCCACUGGCCCAGAUCCAGUUCCAGGCGCCUCCCUUGGGAGACGCGUCGGCCGUCGACUCGCACACCGAGUUUUGCACCAAGAUGGCCGAGAGCCUCUUCAACCACCUGGCCUCGUACGGGGGCUCCGUCAGUGUGCCCACCCAUCCGGGCGAGAGCUUCUUCCCCAUGCGGGCGCUUGAGCAGUGGUACUCCAACUUCCGGCGCCGACUCGAGCAGAACCCUAAUUUCUGGAAGGGCACACAAUAAAGCGAGCAUGUUUUGUAUAUCUUUUGUUACGAAAA